UGCGUGUCGCAUCCCGGCGCCGGCCUUCCUAACCGGGGUGAGGCCGUAGCGGACUGCCCUUCCUAAAGAUGGCGUCGAAGACGGGUUCGCGACGGUGGAUGCUGCAGCUGAUCAUGCAGUUGGGUUCGGUGUUGCUCACACGCUGUCCCUUCUGGGGCUGCUUCAGCCAGCUCAUGCUGUACGCUGAGAGGGCCGAGGCGCGCCGGAAGCCCGACAUCCCAGUGCCCUACCUGUACUUCGAUAUGGGGGCGGCCGUGCUGUGCGCUAGCUUCAUGUCGUUUGGAGUGAAGCGGCGCUGGUUCGCGCUGGGGGCCGCACUCCAACUGGCCAUUAGCACCUACGCCGCCUACGUCGGGGGCUACGUCCACUACGGGGACUGGCUGAAGGUCCGUAUGUACUCGCGCACAGUUGCCAUCAUCGGCGGCUUUCUUGUGCUGGCCAGCGGUGCUGGGGAGCUGUACCGUCGGAAACCCCGCAGCCGUUCUCUCCAGUCCACCGGCCAGGUGUUCCUGGGCAUCUACCUCAUCUGUGUGACAGGCUCCUCAGGCUGCUGGAGAGUCUUAGAGGGUGGUGUGUCUCCAGGCCUACUCACUGCAGCACAGCAAGGAGGACCGGCUGGCGUAUCUGAACCAUCUUCCAGGAGGGGAGCUGAUGAUCCAGCUGUUUUUCGUGCUGUAUGGCGUCCUGGCCCUGGCCUUCCUGUCAGGCUACUAUGUGACCUUGGCUGCCCAGAUCCUGGCCGUACUGCUGCCCCCGGUCAUGCUGCUUAUUGAUGGCAAUGUUACCUACUGGCACAACACGCGGCGUGUUGAGUUCUGGAACCAGAUGAAGCUCCUUGGAGAGAGUGUGGGCAUCUUCGGAGCUGCAGUCAUCCUGGCCACUGAUGGCUGAGUUACACAGCAAGAGGCUGAGAUGGGUGCAAGGAGCCACUGAGGGCCACCCUACCUUCCUCCUUGCUGGCCCAGUUAUGUUUAUUUAUGCUUUUUGAUCUGUUUGUUUGAUCCUUUUGUUUGUGUGGGUAUAUGUGUUGGUACGAGGCAGGUCUCUUCCCCAAUUCCUGGGCUUGGCCCCUAGCGGGUGGGAGCCCUGAUAACGAUGCCUUACAGGGUUUUUUUCCUGUUCAUUAGGAGGAGAGCUGAGGCCGGUUGCUCCCCUGGGUCUCCUGUCCCAGAGGAGGGAAUAAGGCAGGGCUAGGGUGGGGGUACUGAGAGUGGGAGACAGAGGAAGGAAGACCGAGAGCCGGAAGUGAGCAAAUGUGAAAAAUUCCUUUUUGAACCUGGCAGGUACAGCUAGGCUCUGCUUUUUGGAGACCGAGGGUCAGGGCAGAGGAUCAGCCCAGGAGGAGCAGAGGGGCUGGGCACCAUAGAAGUCACGUGGGUUCUCAGGGUAUGCCAAGGGCAGAAAUAGCAUUAGCUGUCACCCACCUUGAGAGCAGAGCAGCCCCCAGUCUACUCUGGGGUGUGCAGGGGUGGGGCAGGCAGCACCAGCUUCCUGCCUCCUGCCUUCUGUCUCCAGCUCCAUGAUUGGCCUGGUGGGGUGAGUGCCCCCCAAACACCAGACUACACAGUCCUCCAAAAAUAAACAUUUUAUCUAGA